UGGGGUGGACCAAAUAAAGCUACUAUAAUGAAGAGAGAGAGAGAGAGAGAGAGAGAGAGAGAGAGAGAGAGAGAGAGAGAGAAAAGGGUCAAAACCCACAGUGUGUGUAAUGUAAUGUGUAUUUGUGUUGUACAAAUUGGCGUGCAGUGUUAGAUAUCCACCAAAUGACCCAAAAGUUAGCGUUUGAUAUAAAUGGUAAAGAGUGGAGACGUAGCAAAGUCUUCUGUUUAGGGGGAUGAGUGGAGUUGCAGAAACAUAAAGACAGCCACAGCCACAGCAACAGCCAGCCUUGAUGUAGAAAGAGAGAGAAUCUGACAAUUUAGACAUAUGUGGGCCAUCCAUCCCCUUCACUUUAACCUCUUAGAAAAAACUCACACUCUCUCUCUCCCUUUCUCUGCGUCUGGGUUAUUUUUUGUUUUUUUGUUUUUGGCUAAUCCUUUAAUUUAGAGGUAUUUUGAUUGCUAGGGAGAGAUUGGAGAGAUCAAGUGCAGGGAGAUUUGGAAGCCAAGUUGAGAGUGUGUGUGUGUAUGUGUAGACUCAAAAAACCAAGUUGUUUUUGUCUUUAAUCGUUUCGCUUUCUUGCUGUCUUGCAUAUUUGAACAACAUUUAUUAGGGGAGUGGUUUAGGGUUUUCAGAAAGUACCCAGAAAGGCAAUUAUUAGAAACAGGACCAAAGCUGCAGGCUGUGGGAGAUGACUAACAUGACCUUGUCGGUUGUUGUUCUACUGGACUAAUAAGCCAUCACUUUUAUUCUCCAAAAUUCACACCUGCGCCUUCCGAUCUUUGGGUUUUGGGUGGGUGUUAGGAAACACAACAAACCCUUUCUUUUUUUUUUUCUUUCUUUCCAUCUUUCUCAUAAAACCCUUUCUUUCUUUUCCUUAUUUGCUACUUUUCCUGCUGCUGCUGGCUAUAUCUCUUACUACAUAUUUCUUCAUUUUUCAGUCCCCAAAAUUAAUCAAGGUAAGAUUUUGAUUGCAGAAGCUGUUUGUAGCACUUUGGGGAGUGAUGGAGGACAGAAGAAAACACCACGAAUUACCAAACAAAUCUGGAAGUUUAAUUAGCUAUUCUACUACUAGCUAAUUAAGAUCAUGAUCAAAAGAGAGGUUAGGUUUGUUAAUUUGAGGAAGAUCCAAAUGAACGUCGUAGAUAAUGAUGUGGUGAAGGUUUAGUUAUUGGUAAACAGAAAAGUAAUACAGCUAAGAUCGAUUACCUUUUGGGGGAGAUCAGAUAUAAUGGAGACGAGAAGUGAAGAUGAGGAAAUAGGAACUCCUAAUUCCCCUUUGUGCUAUAAUAAUCCAUCAUCAAAUAGGGAAUCUUCAACCAAACUGCCUAAUGCUGAUAAUCCGUUUCUCUCAGCUGCUGAUAGAAGAAGAGAUCACACGGUACCCCAACUUCACUUCUCUACUCAUCAGAAAUUGACUCUCCAUCAUAUACACAAACAACACACAAGAGACCAUCCUGAAGCAACCCCAGAUCCUCCAAUCCAGCCCUCCAUUUCUGCCUCUCCGCCGUCAUCUGCUGCUACUCCGACUCCGCUGCCAAUUGCCGGCACCAGCAGCAGAUUGAUCUCAAGAACGCCAUCAUUUGCAGGUGCAACAGACAACAAUAUACCUUCAUCGGUUAUUCGAUACCGAGAAUGUUUGAAAAACCACGCAGCAAGUACUGGUGGCCAUGUUCUUGAUGGCUGCGGGGAGUUCAUGCCAAAUGGGGAAAAUGGAACAUUUGAGGCAAUGAAGUGUGCAGCUUGUGAAUGCCAUCGGAACUUUCACAGGAAAGAAAUGAAAGAUGAUCCACCCUUCCAGCAAGCUUUACCCAGUGGUUUCUUCAUCUCCAACUCCAUCAGAAACAAUGGCCAUCGCACUGAAAGGACACCAGUUGUUCCAGUGUCCCGUCACCAUCAAUUACCGGCGGUUCCAAUUUCUUCAAUGAUGAUGGCAUUUGGAGGAAGCAAUGGAGCUCCAGAUGAGUCUUCCAGUGAGGAUCUAAACAUGUAUCACCCGUCUAAUAAUGGAGCCCGGGACCUGUUCGGUCAGCAGACACAACUAAUAAAGAAACGUUUUAGGACAAAGUUCACUCAAGGACAGAAGGACAAGAUGGAAGAAUUUGCUGAAAAAUUGGGGUGGAAAAUUCAGAAACAUGAUGAACUGGAAGUGCAGCAGUUUUGCGCUGAGGUGGGAGUAAGGAGACAAGUUUUCAAGGUUUGGAUGCACAACAACAAACAAGCCAUGAAGAAGAAACAAAUGUAAGAAUGUACUACAAGUUUUACUUCAAACCCAUUUCGUUAAUAAUAUAUGUAUCCAUGAUUGACUAAGUUCUAAGAACAUAGAUUUUACCCAGUAAUUAGAGUAAAGUCCUUAAUUAGGCAUUGGAAGAGAGAGAGAUAAUAUUUGGUUCUUGAAUGAAUAUAUCUCCCAUACCAAUUUGUCAUGUUACUCGCACUUGUAACCUGAAUGAGUUAAGUAUUAAUACAAGGAUGAAAAGCAACCUUGAAGUAA